GGAAAGUGUGAGGAGGAUUUUUACACAACAUCGGCGCCAAGGAGACUUAGCCCGACGCAAUUCCAUUCUCCCUACGACGUUCAAUAUCCCAAUCUGGCGCAGUGCAAUGGAGACGCGACUCCGAGAUAAUGACCAACUGCCGUCCAAUGUUGGAGGUAAUGAUGCUGAUGCACAUGCGGUCGCUCAGUCCAGACCGAAUAUCAGGGCGAUCCAACAGAGCUUGGAACUAGGCGAUGGUCCCUCGAACCCAACCACUCCCGCCCAGAAAUUUCGCAGUGCAGUCAUCAAAGUAAUCAUGGGAAAACGUCGUGCUAGGGCGGAGGUCAAACGGGGGAUGGAAUCGGCACUACAGUUUUUGUCUCUAACUCGGUCGCCACGGGAGCACAACGCAAUGAUCCAUGGCAUCAACUUUUCUCACGACGGCCGUUACUUUGUUACUUUUUCAGGGCACGAAAACGAUGUUUUAAUCUGGGAAGCGAACCAAAUGGAAGUGAAAGUCGUUGAGCGAGUCAAUUUGCAGCGGUGCGGAUUUGAUCUCCAGUUUGGAGAUCGCAUGAAAACAAUUCAAGUAAUGUUAUUGAGAGAGAGUCGAGUGGUAAUAAUCAAAGGAUCGUGGCUUCAGCAAUUUCUACAAAUGUGGUGGCUGCGGUGGCUCCUGGCGCCUCUGUGGUUUCAGGGGCCUCAGAAGUUUCUGCGGCUCCUGACGUUUCCAUGGCUCCGGCAGCUUCGGCGGCCGCAGCGGAUUGAGCGACUGGAGCGGCUUGAGCGGCUUGAGCGGCUUGACUUAAUUGGUCGGCUCCUGCGGUUUGUUGGAUUUCUGGUGAUUCUGGGGCGUCAAGGGCUUCAGUGGCUUCACCCGGUGGGUUCUAUAAAGUGGCUCAACUGGGUUUCCGAUGGCACACGCCUCCCUUUUGCAGAGGAUCUUGAUUAUGCACUCGAAGAUGCUGUUCUUACCCGGGACGGAACCAAGUUAUUGGGAAUAGCUACAGUGAGUGCAACGGCAGACAAACAUUAUCCUGGGCCCUCAAAAUCACCUUCAGAAUGUCGAAUCAUUAUCUACAAUGUUAAGACAAAGAAGAUUGUUUUCGAAAUUCCCACCUUCGACUCCAUACGGAGGAUAAGUUUAUCUUACUCAGGGAGGCGUUUACUUGUUAUGUCUGAUGGAAAUACGCCACCGCGCCUGUUCCUUGUUUACCCUACCUGGCUUGUCCCAUUGCACACAUUCUACCUUCCAGAUGAGGCGGAAUACCCGACUUAUGGCCAGUUCGGAAUUCGCAGCCCCAGUGCCCUCAUGGCAAGUGAGUCCGAGGAAGAUCAAAUCAUCAUCUGCGCCAACAAACGAGGGAACAUCUUCAUAUGGCACCGUGAAUCCUAUCACCUCCUGCACUCAUUCACAAUUUCGAUUCCCUGGGGCACUGAAGUCAGUGGGGUGACUUUCGGCUCUGAGCGCUUGGAGGACCACAGCUAUUUGAAGGUGGCUGUUGCAUGCACCGACGGAACUGUCAUCAUGUGGGGCUCGAAAUGGGAUCACCCUAAUCCUCCCCUCCUCACUGACGAAUUACCGCGAGUGGCUCGUGAAGCUACUGGAGGAACUACCGAAGAAGUUAUUGAAGGGGGAGAUGGAGGUGCUAAUGAAGAGAUUGUUAUGGAGGUUUAAGUGCAAAUCCCUCCGUCAUGACCUUCUGACUCGUACUAUUCUUUGUUUUCGUAACUUCUGUAGUCCAGUUCCUGAUGGUAGGUCCUAUCUAAUGGAUGGAAGAUUAUCUUGGUGGUAUGGCACUGUAUUGCACUGAGCCAGUUCAAUUCGCUUCUUGAAUCAUUAAUGCGUUGCAAUCAUUAAUUAUCGACAUUCUUCGUGGAGUUCCCGAUCGUCGAAGCCACGGAUCGGACACUGAUGGGCCUUAGGCCGCUUCGGAGUCUACCGGC